AGAGAGAGAGAGGAAGAAGACACACACACAUACACAUACACACACAGCGGUUUGCCGAGGCUCACAACAGCUUGCAAAGCCCCUUCUGAGAGUUUGAAGCAAUCAAACAGUUUCUCUCUCUUUUUUUUUCUUCUCUCUUCUGCAAUCAAGAACAGAAAGGAUUUGCUCACGGACAACAGCACCAGCGCUGCCCUGAACAACAAAACUUUAUACCCCCGAUUCUUUAUUUGAGUUAUCGUCCGGCCAAAAAACGGAGGUCGUGGGGCUAGAGUGUGUUCUCAUGGCGGAGUCAGAGACUGAAUGUGACACACCCGGCCUUGACACGCUUGGGUCGGAGUGUGUCAUAGCCCACAGCCAUGUCGACCUUCAUUAUGGAGCAGAAACCGAGAUCAUGACUGAAGAAAAGCGUGGAUUAGAGCUGGAGAUCCAUGGCUCAGACUUAAAGAUCCAGGGGCUGGGAGAAGGGCUCGGAGCUGUAGCCUGUGUGGAUGCAAUUGUAGCUGAAACAGACCACGAUUACAUAAAGGUGGAACAUGGCGAGAUGCACUGUUUCACAGGAGCAGAGAUCAAGACAUCAGGGAGUGAGGCUCUGCUGGGCGAGGUGCUGCUCAAGGCGGAAAGCGAACACGUGGUAAAAGUGGAGUCUGACCAUGGUGGGGAGUUGACAGUGGAGUCCGAGAAUGGUGUGAUCAUACAUGAAGCUCAUGGUCUGCAGUGCAACGAGUGUGGAGAGAUUUUCGGCAGCAUAGCUGAUCUUCACCAGCAUUUUGAGAUACACAAGGACCUUAACCCUUACAUCUGUGUCCACUGUGGUGAGAGCUUUGCUGUGGAGGCCAGCCUUAAGCAGCACAUGAAGAUUCACAUGAAAGAAAAGCCCUAUGUUCCCCCUGGAGUUGAUAUUAUGGGCAAAGAUGUUAUUGAUGCCUUCAGCCUCAAGUCCCAUCAGAUGAUUCAUUUACCAGACAAGCCCCACAGAUGCUCAGAGUGUGGUAAGAGCUUUGCCGCUGCCAUCACCCUGAGAGAACACAUGAAGAUGCAUUCAGAGGAUAAACCCUACAAGUGCACCCAAUGCAGAAAGAGCUUUGUCCGGAGGAGGCAUCUGAAAAAACACCAGGAGGUCCAUGCACGUGAGAAGCCAUAUACCUGCGGCCAAUGUGGCAAAGGCUUCGCUACAACUUCCAACCUGAAGCAGCACCAGAAGACUCACGCUGCUGUUGUGCUUGGUGACAAACCCCACCGAUGCGCACAAUGUGGAAAGUGUUUUGCUGCAGCUGCCACUCUGAGAGAGCACCAGAGGAUCCACUCGGGUGAGAAGCCAUACAAAUGCAACAUGUGCAGGAAGAGCUUUGUCCGCAAACGCCAUCUGAAGAAGCACCAGCAAGUCCAUGCCGGAGGGAAGCCCUACACCUGCAGACAUUGUAACAAGGGCUUCAAUCAUUCAUCUUCUCUCUCUCGCCACCACAAGACCCACCUGCAGAACCCAGUGUUUUCUCCUCCUCAGCCUGGAAAAACCCUGUCCUAUGGCACUCCCCCCAAGCAGCGGGUGCACCAGCAGGGAGACAAGCCCUACAUGUGCCACCACUGUGACAAGGGCUUCAAUCAUUCCUCUUCCCUGUCCCGGCACCAAAGAGUCCACUCUGAGGGAAAGAGUUAUACGUGCGCUCACUGUGGCAAAAGAUUCAAUCACUCCUCCUCCCUGGCUCGGCAUCAGAGAGUCCACUUGGAGGGCAAACAACAGCAGCAGCUGCCACAACCGCCGCCACCACAACCGCAGCAGUACACCACCAUUCCCACAGGGAAGGGUUUCCCUAACAACGCCUUCCCAAAACAGCGCAUCCUGUCUGUUGAAAAACCAUACAGGUGCUCCCAGUGUGGAAAAGGCUUUAACCAUUCAUCUUCGCUCUCCAGACAUCACAGGAUCCAUGUAGAUCAGUAAGCCCCUUCUCCCACCCUGACAUGCAAGUGCAAAUAUCCAUGCUCCCACACCCUGUUUCUGUUCUAACAAUGGUCCCAUCGUUAAUAUUGGAACACCACAGGAAACACCAGUUCAACUUCCAUUGACAAAAAUGGUCAGGACAGCGAAUUACUACGUUAAAGUGGAGCAGCUGAGACUAAAUGGACAGUAACACUCAAGUCUUCAAAAGGAAAGGACUACGUGAUCUUUAAUCCAGAGCUGAACCCGGGACUUUGUGCUCAGUAUAAAGAGGGUGAUAUUAAAUUGUGAAGGAGCCUCUGUUUCCUGUUUGUGAUUGUGCUUCACUUGCUCCAGGACCUCUUUUGAACACUUUUAAAGGAAAAAAAAAAAUUGACGAUCGAUGUGAAAAAAUUGUUACCCGGGGAAAAUUUGCUUCACCCUCUGAGAAGUCGUUUUGAUAAAAGAAUUCAGUUUAUGUACCUUCAGGUGGGCACCUGCGCUUUUCAGCUGCAACUUUAUUCAAUGCUACCAACACAAUUGGUGAACUGUUGUCUCAAUUUAAAUGUGUCCUUUUUCACCCACAUAACCCAUUUGAAGCAAACAUCAGAAAUCCAAUGUAAAUACUUAUUGAUUUUUCUUUUAUAUAUAUGUAUAGGUGACUAGUGUGCUGUUCCAAAAGAUUACAUUUUUGAUAGAAAGAUCCACUUUGUCUCCACCUUUUUUUUUUUUUCUUUUAUGACUUUAAUUUGUUUUAAGUGUUGGAGAUAAACAGGUUGCAGGUGUUCUCAUGCAGCUUGUUCUUGAAUUUGGGCUCCAUCAGACAAGAGCCAUCUUGUAUGUUUAUAAGGUUGUUUUCUUCUAUGUCUAAGAUGGGUUAGCACUGCUGCAAAGACUGUACAGAGAGCAAUACUGGCUGACACCCUAAUUCUAUUAUGACAUGCAGUUAGCCAUGAGGAAAUGCAUAAUAGAAAAUAAAAAACCUACUGGGUAGCAUAUAACAACAUGACCUGUGUCCUAAUUUUUUACUGUGCAUUUUCCUUUGGUACCUGCGCACCAAAUGUACAUGAAAUGCAAAAUCACACUUUAAAUGCUUCGGAUACUAAUUCAAUUACCUGUGUGUUGAAUAAAGGAAACUCAGUCAUGUUGAUCUGCGACUUCUCACAAUUUGAUCUGAAAAAAAUAAAGUUGUGUGUACUAAAAGACUACAAGAGGUUAUCUCACUUUUACAAGACUUUAAGAUUUUUUUCUGAAUUCUAAUGGAUUGCGCUCUAUUUACUGUUCUGUGUAAAAUAUCUUUUACAAACUGAUGUAUUUUUUUAGAUAUGGCUUGGGUUAUAUGAAAGGGAAUGAGAGAUAUACAGUUUUUAUGGGAGUGAACAUGGUGAGCAAUAUUUUCUUUUAUUUGGAUAACAGUUGUGCUUCAGACUGUAGCAUAGUUUUCUUCCUUGUGUUAGAUAGGUGCCUUAUUGCAUGCUAUGUAGAAAUGUAUGCCGAGCUGUUGAGAAAAAAAGUUAGGGAUUUUUCAGGCGUCUUUUGUUCUUACUCAUACUAACUUACCCUACAUUUUAAUUUGAUGUCACUGAUACCUGUUGCUUUUUUUUUUUUUGUUGCUUUUGUGUAUAUUACCAUGUGUUUACACUGUUACGACCAUAUUGUCUUUAUUUCCUUUCCCCUUCAUUUUUGUCAAUGGCCUCAUUGUAGAAAGAAAUUGUAAAUCAUCCAUAUAGGCUUCUCUUAAGGGCAAAUCCUGUAACACCUUCCCAAUUUCUGAGUGGCACAUAUAUGGAUAAAUAAAGGUUGUUGACUCUC